AUGGAACUGUUACCAAGUGAAAACUUAAUCCUUAUAAAGACUUUGCUUCAUUCAUUAUCUACUCAACUUCAUGAAUCAACCUCUCAUAUCAAUUCGUUAGAAAGACUUUCUAAAGAUUUGGUACCAUCAGGACAACAAUUAACAUUUGGAAAUGAAACACAUUCUACUCUUGAUGAGUCUGAAAAGAUAAUACAAAGUUUAGAAGAAGAAAGACUACAAUUGGUUAUGGAUAUUCAACGACAAGACUUCAUAACAGAAAAAUUAGAUGAAGUGGUGCAACAAAAUUUCGAAAUUGUAAAUACAAUCAAAGAUUAUAUUGUCAAUUCUAAUCAAGUUCGUGAAGAUGAAAAAAGAAUGUCGGAUUUACUUCUCGAUCAUUACAUAAAGAAAUCAGUUGAAGAAUCAAACAAACGUCUUGAGGUUAAUUUAGAAGAUCUCAAAAUAGGAAUGAAGAAGAUUGAAGCUUCACUUGUAAUUAUUUCAAAAUCAAUGGAUGAGAAUGGAAAUGUGGUCUCAUCGAAAUCAUAUGAUGAGAACCUCAAAAUACUAGUACAAAAUUUAAACUCGCUUAUAGAUUGCCAGUUAUCUACAGUUUAA